AGUAGUGUAAAUAGACUUCAUUUAGUACUCCAUGCAUGUGUCUAAACAUUCGAUGUGAUGUUUUUGGGUGUAAAAACUUGAUCUAAACAAGGCCUUGGUACAGUGCAGUGGCACUACUUUCACUUUGGAGCUACCUUUUAACCUACAUUUACGGCGCUUUGUUGUGGAAGCCAAGUGGAUUAACCCAUGGUACGUUGUUUUUUUUUUGCAUGCAAUCAUAUAAAUAUUUUAUAAAUGAAUUGUAGAAGCAUUUUAAAUCUGAAAAGUUUUCGCUAUUAAAAAGUUUAAGAUUUAGAAAUGUUGAUAAACUUUCGUUUGCAAUGCUUUUAAUCUGAAGACUUUCCAGUACGUGUUCAAAUUGUAAGUGUAUCUUCUAUUCUAAUGUAAUAUUUAUGCAAGCGAAUUAUAAUAGAGCCUUGAAUUUCAAAAUUUGUUCUGCAGCAAAGUUGUUGUUUUGGAAAUUUUGAGCAAUUUUUGCAUUCGAUACUUUUAAAUUCGAAGCCAUUUCUAUCGGUGUUCUAGUUGUAGGUUCAACAAAUCUUAUAUGAAAUAAAAGAUGAGCUGAGCAUUUUGAAAUAUAGGUACUAGUACUUUUCAAGGGCCCACUCAUGGUUAGUCGUUGCCAUCCCACAACUAACCCCCUUCAAUUUAUGCCCCUUAAAUAGUCCUCACUCCCUCCGAUCCUCGUACUGAGCUUAACGAAUAGAGCCAUUCUACAUGGCCGUGGUAGCUGCCGCCGCUAUGCUUCAUCCGAGAGCAUGGACACCGGUCGUCAGCUACGGCGGCGAGCUCGCCAGCUCGCUGACUAGUAGCCCAGUUCGCGUCCUGAUGGCGGCCGUGAUCCUGUGCGCCGGCGCCGUGGCGGUUCUGCGGCGCGCACGCCGGCUGCGGGACGUGUACCUCGUGGACUACGGCUGCUUCCUGGGCGAGCCACAGCACCGGGUGCCGACCGCGACGGCCACGGAGCACGCGCGCCUGAUGCCCUACCUCGUCGACGGCGAGAGCCUCGACUUCAUGCUCCGGCUGCACGAGCGGUCGGGCAUCGGCGAGGAGACCAGUAUCCCGGACUCCCUGCGCUACAUGCCGCCCGACCGCGGCGUCGCGGCGUCCUGCGCGGAGGCCGAGCUGGUCAUCUUCGCCGCCGUCGACAGCGCGCUCGCCCGGGCCGCCCCCGCCCUGCCGCGCGGUGCCGCGGACAUCGACGCGCUCGUCGUCGCCUGCAGCUUCACCACGCUGGCGCCCGAGUUCGCGGACCUCGUCGUGAACCGGUACGGCCUGCGCGCCGACGUGCGGACCGUGAACCUGUCCGGGAUGGGGUGCAGCGGCGCGCUCAUCUGCGUCGGCCUCGCUAAGAACCUCCUGCAGGUGGCGCCGCCGGGGACGCGCGCCCUGGUCGUGACCACCGAGCUCCUGUCGUCGAUGUUCUACCCCGGGACCAAGCGCGAGAUGCUCGUGCCCAACGUGCUCUUCCGCAUGGGCGCCGCCGCCAUCGUCAUGUCCAACUCGCCGGAACGUGCCCGAUUCCGGAUCGGCCAUGUCGUGCGCACGCUCACCGCCGCGCGGGACAGGGACUACCGCUGCGCGUUCCAGGAGGAGGACGACCAGGGAGUGACGGGCAUCAACCUCUCCAAGGAGCUGCCGGCCGCCGCCGCCAGGGCGCUCCAGGAAAACCUACUCGCCUUCGCCCCCGCCGUGCUGCCGGCGUCGGAGCUUCUCCGGGUGGCCUUCUCCUCCCUCCGGCGCAAGUUCCUGGGCGAGGCCGCGAAGCGCUACCGGCCGGCGUUCGGGCGGGCGUUCCAGCACUUCUGCAUCCACCCCGGCGGGAGCCGGGUGCUGAACGAGGUGCAGCGGGGACUCGGCCUCUCCGACGGCGACAUGGAGGCGUCGCGCAUGACGCUGCACCGGUUCGGCAACAUGUCCGGCAGCUCGCUGCUGUACGAGCUGGCCUACAUCGAGGCCAAGGGCCGGAUGAAGAAGGGCGACCGGGUGUGCAUGAUCGGCUUCAGCCCCGGCAUAGACUGCAGCAGCGUGGUGUGCGAGUGCAUCAGGCCGGCGGCGCGCCCCGACGACGGACCCUGGGCCGGCUGCAUCCACCGCUACCCUGUCCCUUGGAAUCUUUAGCCAUGGAGAUCUUCGUUCGCCACGGGUGGAGAUUUGGCAAUAUAUUGUUGAGCUCUUGAUGAAGAACUUCUGUUUCAAUUCGCUUGGUGUGAACUUUGUUUGCUUGAGACUGUCAAGUCUAGUGAAACUCUGGAAUAAUCAAACAUUCUUGGAUGUAGAGACCGGGGUAUUUUAUUUUCUUAAUGAUAGAGCUCCCUUUAUAUAAAAAAGUAGUAUCAUGUAUCAUACUUCUCUUUUACAUAAGUAGUAUCAUAUAACUUCUUUUACACAGGAGUAUACAAUAGUUUAUUCGUAUCGUCUGAGUACUACAUUUCAGUCCUGUAAGCUAAAUUUGGAGCAUGCAUGAUGCUUUUAAUAAAAAAUGGAGUACGUUCCUCACAA